ACCGGAGGGUGUUCUCUCUCUUCUCUGUUUCCACUCCCAAUUUACUUCUCUUUCGUCGUUUAUUUCACUUUCAAUCGCACCCUCUUCCUUCGUUCGUUCCUAAUGUUGAUGAAGCUGUUUCACAAUUCAAUCGAAUGCUCAAUAUGAACAACCCUACCCCAACCAUAUUUGAAUUUGGUAAGAUCUUCGCAUCCCUUGUUAAAAUCAAUCAUUUCCACACUGUUAUUUCCCUUUCUCAUCAAAUGGAACUCAGAGGAAUUCAAACUGAUCUUGUUAAUCUCAAUAUAUUGGUUAAUUGUUUCUGCCACCUCGGUCAAGCUUGGUUUUCACCCUGAUAUUGUAACAAUCAAUACACUUAUCAAAGGUCUGUCUUAAUGACAAAGUUAAGGAAACCCUUCACUUUCAUGAUGAUGUUAUAGCAAAGGGGUUUCAACUUAAUCAAGUUAGUUAUGGGACCUUGAUUGAUGGGUUAUGCAAAGCAGGAGAAACAAGAGCUGCCAUGCAGGUUCUUAGAAAUAUUGAUGGGCUGUUGGUUCAGCCUAAUGUGGUCAUGUACAGUACAAUUAUUUAUAGUUUAUGCAAGGAUAAACUUGUAAUUGAUGCUUUUGAUUUAUAUUCUCAAAUGCUUCUCAAGAGAAUUUCUCCUGAUGUCAUCACUUACAAUACUUUAAUGUAUGGCUGUUUGAUUGUGGGUCGAUUGAAAGAAGCAGUUGGUUUGUUCAAUCAAAUGUUGUUGAAAAACAUUAAACCAGACAUUUAUACAUUUAAUAUAUUGGUUGAUGGUUUAUGUAAGGAAGGAGAGAUGAAAAAAGCUAGAAAUGUGUUAGCUGUUAUGAUAAAACAAAGUGUGGAUCCUGAUGUCAUUACUUAUAAUUCUUUGAUGGAUGGGUAUUUCUUGGUCAAACAAGAGAAUAAGGCCACAUUUGUGUUCAACACUAUGGCUAGAAGGGGAGUGACUCCUGAUGUUCAUAGCUAUAGUGUCAUGAUUAAUGGACUAUGUAAGACUAAAAUGGUGGAUGAAGCCGUUAAUCUCCUCAAAGAAAUGCAUUCCAAAAGUAUGGCUCCUAAUACUGUAACAUACAGUUCACUUAUCGAUGGUCUUCACAAAUCUGGGAGAAUCUUUGAUGCUUGGGAUCUUGUAAAUGAGAUGCAUAAUAGAGGCCAACCUGCUGAUGUGAUCACUUACAAUUCCUUAUUGGAUGCUUUGUGCAAAAACCAUCAGGUUGACAAGGCAAUCACAUUACUUACGAAGAUCAAAGACCAAGGAAUUCAGCCGGAUAUAUAUACAUACACAAUACUUGUUGAUGGUUUAUGCAAAAAUGGAAGACUCAAGGACGCGCAAGAGGUUUAUCAGAUUCUUUUGAUUAAAGGCUAUCAUUUAGACGUGAGGAUGUAUACUGUUCUGAUUAAUGGCCUUUGUUAAGAGAGCUUGUUCGAUAAAGCAUUGUCCUUACUGUCAAAAAUGGAAGACAAUGGUUGCACCCCUAAUCCUGUAACUUUCGAAAUUCUUAUCCGUGCUUUGUUUGAAAACGACAUGAAUGAUAAGGCAGUGGAACUUCUUCGUGAAAUGAUUGCUAGAGGUCUACUAUAAGAAUAAAACAAGUUGCUUGAACAGAAGUAGGUUCCUAUAAAACCACAAUUUCCACAGUUCAAAGAAGAGUUUUGAGGAUCAUGGAGCCCAAGGCUAGAUGAAAACCAAGUUAGCUUUGCAACAUUACACUCCAUUAAUAAGUGUUUGGAUGUUUCUACCUCAGCGAAGCAAAAAGGGCAAACAGAUUCAAGUUUCUCUACUUUUUUACACAGGUUACCUUGAGUGGGGAGGAUAUUUUACGCCAACCUCCAAACAAAGUUUUUAACUCUGUUUGGGAGAUCAAUUUGCUAGAAUUCCUAAUUGAUGAUAAACUGAGCGAACUGAAUACAUACCAUCCUUCUCACCAUUACACAAAAAAGAAUCCUCCGGAAGCCUAAAGGAAAGAGGUAUACUAGCAAUAAUUUGUGUUUCAAACUGAUUAAAGACAGAGAAAAUCAAGUCUAUGUUUCAUUGUUUAGUACUAUUAAGUUUUAGUAGUACACGCUCAUUUUCUGUGUACUAUGUAUUGUAAAGGCAUGACUAACAACAUGCUUGGUAAUAUCCCUAAAAAAAAAAUCAUGCUUGGUAAUAUGUUUUUUAAGCAAAAUAAAUGACGUGGCAGAAUUUGUUUGA